AUGGCAAAGGCUAACAAAAGCUUAUUAAGCUCAGUCUUCAAGUCCAGGCUCAUAAACUCCGGCGAAUCUUCAAUUGCUGUCGACAUCGCCGGAACUUCCCAAGCCGUCAAAGAGCUCCUAAGAUCCGAAAACUCCUCUCCUGGAACCGCACAAGAUCUUGAGAAAGUGCCAUUAUCAGAUCAAGUAUCGAAUUUGUUAAAUGCCACUGCGGAGAAAAGCUCUUCGGAGAAGAAGAACAUAUUGAAAGUACCAAUUUUUACCUCUGACAUCUGCUUAAGACCGAAAGAGCUGUCCCAUU